GGCGCUAACUUCGCUCAAUUGCCGCAAGCCGCAUUUCGUUUUGUGUGGGGUUGUGCUUAGUUUGCAUUUUCGUCGUGCGGUAUUUGUAAUUUGUAUUAGUUUGUUGACGAUUUCGAUUCGUACGCUCGCGUCAUAAUGUGAUUGUGACCCAUUGAAUGUGUUAUGUGUUAUUUACUGUGAUAAAAAAUGACCUGAUGCAAUUGAAACGUGAUUUAUGGUGUCUUUAAGUGGAGCUAUUGUGUAAAAUGGGUUUGAUAACUUCGAGGGAUCAGACGAUGUUGGACGGACCGGUCGGGACCACCAAAAGCCACCAUGUACGGCAGCCGUCGACUAGGAAUCGGACCAAGCCCCCUAUGCCGGAUCGGGACGAACUGGAGGACCGAUUCAUCAAAGUUUUGGCCUCAAUGGACCUCCCCCCGGACAAGGCGAAACUCCUCCGCAACUAUGAUCUGGAGAAGAAGUGGGAAAUCAUCUGCGACCAGGACAUGGUGCAAGCGAAGGACUCCCCCGCACACUACCUCAACAAACUGCGCACCUACCUCGACCCAAAGGCCUCUAGGAGUCAUAGGAAAAGAAAAAUGGUUGGGGACUCCACAUCAACACAAGUUCUUAGGGAUUUGGAAAUAUCAUUACGAACCAAUCACAUAGAAUGGGUGAGGGAAUUCCUAAACGAGCAGAACCAGGGGCUCGAUGUGCUGAUCGACUACCUGAGCUUCAGGCUGAGCAUGAUGAGGCACGAGCAGCGAAUCGCGCUGGCCAGGAGUCACUCCUCCGACGCUGUCAACCAGGUGAACACAACAACGUCGGACUGCAGCGCGCCAACGGAGCUGGGCGGAACCCUCAGCGCCACGUGGCGGCGGCGGGCCCGCUCCGCGGACUCGGCCGGGGAGGCGGUGGGCAGCCCGGCGGCCGCGCGGCGCCGCACGCGCCACGCCGCGCGCCUCAACAUGGGCGCGUCCACCGAUGACAUCCACGUGUGCAUCAUGUGCAUGCGCGCCAUCAUGAACAACAAGUAUGGCUUCAAUAUGGUGAUCCAGCACAGGGAGGCUAUAAACAGCAUAGCUCUGUCCCUGGUGCACCACUCCCUCCGCACUAAAGCCCUGGUGCUGGAACUGCUUGCAGCCAUCUGCCUGGUGAAAGGCGGCCAUCAGAUCAUACUGUCCGCCUUCGACAACUUCAAAGAAGUGGUCGGCGAGCCGAGGAGGUUUCACACGUUGAUGGAGUACUUCAUGAAUUACGAUACCUUUCAUAUAGAAUUUAUGGUGGCGUGUAUGCAGUUUGUCAACAUAAUAGUUCAUUCGGUGGAAGAUAUGAACUUCAGGGUGCACCUCCAGUACGAGUUCACGGCGCUCAAGUUAGACGAUUACCUGGAAAGGUUGAGGAUGUGUGAGAGCGAAGAUUUGCAGGUCCAAAUCUCAGCGUACCUGGACAACGUGUUCGACGUGGCCGCGCUGAUGGAGGACAGUGAGACCAAGACCGCCGCGCUGGAGAAAGUCAAUGACUUGGAGGACGAGUUGGGACACGCCCACGAGCGUCUCGCGGCGUUGGAGCGGGAAGCGAUAGCCAAGCAGGCGACGCUGGAGGCCGAACUGGCGCAAGUACGGCACGAACGCGACCAGCUCGCUGAGGCUAGGAGACAGGUCGUGGAAGAGGUAUCCACUCUUAGACGAGCGCAGCAGGACUCCAGAAAUCGCCAGUCGAUGCUGGAGUCCAAAGUGCAAGAACUGGAAUCUCUCACCAAAUCCCUACCGCGCGGUGCUUCUAUGGGUGCUAUAUCAACACACGCACUAUGCAACGGCACAGUCAACGGGCACGUGUCACCGCCCACUCCGCUCAGCAACGGCGACGCGCACCCACACGCGCACACCCUCCCCGCCCCGCCGCCGCCGCCCCCCGCCUCCCUCACCGCGCCCCCGCCGCCCGCCGCGCCCCACCCACCCCCUCCGCCGCCGCCGCCCGUGCUCGCGCCACCGCCUCCCGCCCCACCCGCACCGCCCGCGCCGCCCGCGCCCGGCCUCAUGCUGCCCCCGCACCACACCGACGCGAUGACCAUCAAGAGGAAGGUGGACACCAAGUACAAACUGCCCACGCUCAACUGGAUCGCGCUCAAGCCGAACCAGGUGCGCGGUACGAUAUUCAACGAGCUAGACGAAGAGCGACCUCGGAGACGUAUCAAUUUCGCAGAAUUCGAGGAAAAGUUCCGCAUCGGUGGUGCGGGGGGAGGGGUGGCCCAUGUACCGGACGAUACAUUGGCUUCAUUCCCCAGCAAGAGGUUCCGAAGGCCCGACACCGUGUCCUUACUCGAGCAUGCACGGUUAAGGAAUAUUGCAAUUUCAAGAAGAAAACUCGACACGCCAGUAGAAAAGGUGAUCACAGCCAUCCACACACUAGAUUUAAAACAGUUACCUCUCGAAAGCGUUGAAAUUCUCCAACGCAUGGUCCCAACAGAGGCCGAACAGAAGGCCUACAAAGAAUACGUAGCAGAGAAGAAAAACGUCAACCAACUAACCGAAGAAGAUAAAUUCCUCAUGCAAUUGGCCAAAGUUGAGCGAAUAUCCGCCAAAUUAUCCAUCAUGAGUUACAUGGGCAAUUUCUACGAUAACAUACAUUUGAUUACCCCUCAAAUCCACGCUAUUAUCUCCGGUUCUUCAUCAGUGAAAUCAUCCCAGAAGUUGAGGAAUGUUCUAGAAAUCAUUCUAGCGUUUGGGAACUACUUGAAUAGCAGUAAAAGAGGGCCUGCUUAUGGGUUUAAGCUGCAGUCUUUGGAUACGUUGAUGGAUACAAAGUCGACGGAUAAACGGGUGUCGUUGCUGCAUUAUAUUGUGGCGACGAUACGACAGAAUUUCCCCGAACUGUUGAACUUCGAUACAGAGCUGAUGUACAUUGACAAGGCCGCUCAAGUGUCUCUGGAGAACGUGGUAGCGGACGUGUGUGAGCUGGAGCGCGGCAUGGAAGCGGCGCGGCGCGAAGCGGAGGCGCGCGGCGCGGCGCACGUGCUGAGGGACUUUGUGGCCAACGCCGUCGACAAGCUGCGGCGGUUGCGCGCCGAGACCAAGCACGCUCAGGACUCAUUCGCCGCGUGCGUGGAGUAUUUCGGCGAGGCGCCACGCAGUUGUGACGCCAACGCUUUCUUCUCGCUACUUGUAAGGUUUACAAGAGCAUUCAAGCAAGCUGACAUGGAAAACGAACAGAGACGAAGACUGGAAGCGGCCGCGCACGCCGACCACCUCGACCCAAACAAAGCCAAACUCAGCCAGAAGAAACAACAGGAGGCUGUAAUCAACGAAUUAAAAACGAAGUCGCAGGCUGUCGGCGAAAAGAAACUCCUUCACCAGGACGAAGUGUACAACGGAGCAUUGGAAGACAUCCUACACGGGCUCCGGAGCGAGCCCUACCGCCGCGCGGACGCCGUGCGCCGCUCGCACCGACGCAGGAUCAACUCGCACAGGCUGUCCAAAGGGCUCGAGGAACUGGACGUAUGAUACGAACUAGAAUCCGGCGACCAGCUGGAUUUCUCCGUACAGAACGCAGUGAUGUCCAUCAACGCGAAAUGCGGGUUCUUCACCACGAAAAAGAGAAGGAAAGACUUGGAAAUGGUACACAAGAAACCCAUCUCCGUGUACAACAUUGAAGACAACAUCGACUUGCCCAAUGGGGAUUUCUGCGCGAACAGCGCCAGGAAACCGAAAUCGUCCACGUACAAAGUCGCGCCGACGGAUUUCGAAGUGGAAGAGCGGUGUGAACUGAUCAAAUCGACUUAUGAAGUCAUAUCGAAGUAUACAAGGGCUAUGUUCGAUAAGCAGAAUGAAACCGUCGUUUGAGUGCCUGUUUUUGUAAACGCCUAACAUUGUUUCGUUGGUAUUAUUUGCUGCCGAUUACAGUAUUGACAUUUUACCGAUAUUAAAAAUUGAGUAACAAAUUACCUACGCGCCUUGCCUAAUUGCGAAAAACCACGCGCCAUUUUAACUUUAUGGGUCAAAUAUCACGUCAAAAGUACAGUUCAACUUUAAAAUAAGGGUAAAAAUUAUACUUUUGACAUAUUUGACACAUAAAGUAAAAAUGGCGCGUAAGAAGUCAUGUUUUACGCAUGAUACUCCGUUUUGGUUCGCCAGCUCCUCAAUCGUUUUGUAUGAAUGUGUACAAUUUACCAAAGAUUUAAAUCGUUAGAUAUAGUUUGACACCCAAUUUAGAGUGUGCUAAAAAGCUAAACCCAGUAAGUGAUUCCUACUAAAGAGCAUUUAUAAAUAAAAUAACUGUGUCUAAACAUAUUGUUCGCUAUUAACAAGACAUGUCAGCUGAGAGAUUAGUGUUGUCUCUGUCUCUCCUGCCAAGGUCGCUAACACUUUCGGUUGGUGAGCUCACUCAACUUUUUUAAUUCAAUAAGAGGGCUAAUCUAUCGAUUCAAAUCUUUGCAAUUUACAAUUUUUGAGGGUCACUUAAGCGCAGUUGAAUGACAGACGGUGGAAGUUAUGCUACGGUCGCCGUAAACUUUAACUAUCAAUACCUUUGGACCAACAUUUUGAAAAUAUGAAAAUUGACUUAUGCAACUGCUUUUUAUUGGCCGUUAAAACUUAACGGUAACCGUAAAGUAACUUUAACCGGGCAUGCAACUGGAAUAAAAUACGAAAAAACAGGUCGCAUACCACUGUAGCCGACAAAGAUUGCUAAAAGGACUUUGUAAGGUAAAAAAACUAUAACUACAGUUCGUUUGUGUUUUAAAAGUACUGCUGUGAUGUAGUUUUUAUUGGAUAGAGCUCGUCAGACUUACCUAUAAUAUUAUAUCAGUAUAAGUACGAUAUACUACGCUACGUCUGUGAGUAGCUUAAUUUGCCGUUUUGAGCGUUUGUAUUUUGAUAUAAGUGUAAUAUUGAUAAAAGACAUUGAACCAUUUGAUACGCCCACUAUUCAUUCCACGAAACACGACGUACAACGAUAUUUUGCUAAAGUAAAUAUACACAUGUAUUUUCUUUUUACAAGGAAAAGGCUUAGCUUGUAUGGAUUUUUACGAUUCACUUACAUGCCGUUCACUAUAACUUUCCAUGCCGUCAUGUUGGCACUAUUGCACUUUAAGGAUAAAGAAGCAAUGGCGCCAACAUGACGGCAAGGAGCAAGUUAUAGUGAAUGGUCUGUUCGCGUCGAUUGAGAGCAGAUCUAGGGUAAGGGAAGUUCACCAUAAUAAUAACGAAUUUAAAAAUGCUAAAGAUGUACUUUGUUAACCAAUUUAGCUACGAAAUUAGUUAUAGCUAGUUAGUACAAGUUGACUAUUCGACGAAAUUGGUAGAUUUCGAAUUAUGUGAUAUAAUGUCACAAUAAAAUAGACCUAAUUUUUUUUUUUUUUUAAAUAGAAAUCGGUAAAAAUACGUCUUUAAAACAAAGCUACAUUUAGAACGGCAUUCUGAACCAGUGGUAAAUUAUUGUGACGAUUCAAAGCACUUGUAAAAGUCUGACCUUAUAGUCUUUCGAUAUUCGAAAUCUAUCACCGUUGUCGAGAUGUGCAAACUAAUAGUAAGGUUACCUAUUUAAUCAGAAAUGAAGUGUUUCAUUCUAAACAUUAUUGUUUUCAAAUUCAAAAUAUUUUUAUUCGAAAAAAAAUAUUAUGCCUUUUCCGGAACGAGGAAAAGAGAAGGCUGUCACAUCCUUCCCUUAGACCUGCUCUUGCGCGUUGCACAAUACUGCCGUCUCGAUCUCGCAAACUAUUUACGAAAGGGAUGACACGACACAAGGCAUUUGUUUUAAGUAGAAAAAACCCUUAGUACCGCUAGAUUGUAUAAAAUGGCCUUUAUAUGCGCACAAUUUUUAUCCAAUUUGUAUCCAUUGUAAUUUUUACACGUUUAUAAUCGUAUUACCAUAGGCUAUGUCAACUUUGAUGAUUGUAAGGGAUUCAAUUUUCUUUUAAACAAAAUUUAGAUCUAAUAUUUAUUUUGUACCGAUAAUUCGAACUUUGUUUUAUUUAAAAUACAGAUUUUAUUUGUAAUUUCAGUUUCUUUUUUAACUCUGGUAGCAUCAUACUUAUUCACGAUUUGACAGCACUUGUAAAAAUAAGCAAAACUUUUCUUCAGUUGCUGAGUUUUGCUCUGCUUUGAAUCGAUUUAAUUUUUAUUUUUUUCGGCUAACAAUAAUUUUAGUUCAAGAAAUUAAAUUUAUGUAAGGCUGGCCUUAUACGAUCAAGUUUGUGACGGACUUGAAUAGACACGGCACGGAUCCAGCCCUCAUAAAAAGGUUGUGGUCACAGCCACCCAAAAAUCCACCAAGUGCAAGUCGGAGUAUGAACUCGCUCAUGAUUGAUUUAGUGCAUUCAUACAAAGGAGAUGAAUACAAAAUAGGUAGGUAUGACGCUUGGACCAAGAUUUUGUACAGCAUAUAGUUCCAUACACCACCGAACACGAUACACAGUGAAGGUGUGACGUCACAAGUCUAUUAGAGUUAUGGGCAUAACCAUCGUGCCAACAACGGUGAAUCCACGCUUGUUCAAGUCCGCUGCAAACUUGACGAUAAACUUGAUCGUGUAUGACCAGCGUAACAAACUUAGGUAUCGCGCUUAUGUUUUUGUAGAGUAUUUUGUAAAAUAGAACAUGACAAAUUCCAUAGCUUAAGCAUUUUAUAAUGAUCUGCAGUUUUUAUACGAGUAGUUGAGUUUUAACGAUUGUAAUUAUUAAGUGAUAAAAUAAUAAUUUAAAUAGAUUAUAAUUUGGAUGAUUGCAUUCAACAGAUCUGGGUUGGUUAUUUGUUAUAUCCAGUUGCUUUUGAUCAUUUGUAAAUAUUUUAAGUGCCCACUGUCAUUUUAAAACUUCUGCAAUAUUGAUUGUAAAUAUAGAAUUUUAUUUCCUUUUUUUUCGUUUCGUAAUAUUAUAAAACUCAAGAAGCUUGAGGUUUUAAAGUUAUAUUCAGAAUUGUAUCGAAUAUUAAAAUGUCAGUUUGAUAUUUCUCAGUUAGAUUUUUAUAUGAUCAUUCGAAUAAAUAUAAUUUAUGGUUACAUAAAAUAAUAUAUUAUUUUAAUCUUAAUUAAGCGUUUUUGUUUUUUUUUUUUUUUGCAUGGAAAAUGUUUCACAAAUCAUUCAUUCCCUUCAGUUCCAGUGGGAAAUUUUUAAAGGUUAUAAUAUUUAUUACCCCAAUCAUAAGCUUUAUUAGGGUUGAAUCAUUAUUUUCGUCAGUCAGAGAGAGAUGCCCUGCAGGGUAAUUAAUUCGUCAGAGUCUAACACUGAAUGAUAGCCACCAAGUGGUUGGUUCUAUACUGAGCGAUAUGAAAAUAUUUUUCGUACCUGCAAUGGAUUAAAUAAAUAAAUGUCAAAUGAGCUCUGUGGCUAAUUCAGUGUCUGGCUAGCGAAUCAGUACACUUGGCAAUGAAUUGAUUAAAGUUAUAAAGCUGACCAAUAGUCUAAACACAAGUGGAUAUCUGACUACCUGAUUAUUCAUCUCAUUCAUCAUUGGUCAGAGGGAUAAUUGUCAAAUAUAGUUACAAAUACAAAAUAUUAGGUUCACAAACACACUUUUAUUCAAAUUAAUUUACAUAUCCUGAUCGAUACAAAUUACAAAUUGUACAAUCCAUGAACCAGGAUGAUUUUAAUAUUUUACAAACUACAGGGUUGUUUUGGAACAAUAAAAAAGUGCUCUCCAAUUGUGGAAAAAUAAAAAUUAUGGAGUAUUGAAUUCUUAAUAAAAAUUAUAAUAAUAUUAUUGAACUUUGUUUAAAAUGUAACCCCCUUAACUUUAUUAGGAUUAAAUUCUUUAAAAGAAUUUUUAAUUAAUUACCAUUUUUUAACCAUUUUUAAAAUGUACAUGUGGAAAAAAUCAAGUAUGGACUUACCUACUUUCAAAAAAAGCACUGUAUUUUUCAUUUAUUUAUUAGACCUAAAAUAAAAACAUAUUUUCCAACAACACAUUCAAAUUGGGACAUAAAUGUUCUGUUCCGUCUAAUUUUUUUUACAUGUAUGUUUUAAAAAUCAUUACUAAUUAUUCAAUUCAAGUAGAGUUUCAUUAUAAUAUAAUUACUGUAGUAAUGUUUUCCACUGUAUAGUUUUUUGUAUGUGAUGUGUACAUGGGAGUUUUGUUCAUUGCAUGUAUGCUAGCUUAGAAACAGUAUUCGGUGAUGCAAUAAACAUACAUUUACGAUUUU